AUGUCAUUUGAGGCGCUGAUCAAACAAAAAUGCCGAAUCUCAAAUCCGAUGAUCCGCAUCUGUCUUGCUGAAUUCUUCGGCACCUUCAUCCUUUGCCUCGUCGGAAACGGAGCUGUCCACGAAGGCGCUUACAAAGAGACAGGAAUUUUCGCCGUCUGCUUCGCCUACGGUUUGGCCGUGGCUUUCGGAAUCUACGCCUCUGCCGGUGUUUCUGGAGGACAUGUGAAUCCAGCAGUGACGAUUGCGAUGGCGACGUUGGGGAGACUCGGAAAAACAGCGGGAGAAAAUGCCGUUAUGUUUCUCCUUUAUUCGAUUUCGCAGAUCAUGGGGGCGUUUUUGAGUUGUUUCUUCGUUUACGGUGCAUACAAGGCCGAGGAAGAGUAUUUGACCUCGAACAAGAAUCUUUCUUCGCAUGAUUUGACCGGAUUUUACGCUACUUGGCCGACGGGAGAUUUCGAGAUUUCAGCUGGAAAUCUUUUCUUUGACCAGGUUAUUGGUACUUGGAUCCUUAUUACAGUCAUCUUCAGCGUCACUGACAACCGAAAUGCCAAUCCUGGUGGAGCUGCCCCACUUCUUAUUGGCCUAGCUGCUUGUACAAUCGGUUUGUCAUACGGAGCAAAUGGUGGUGGAGCCAUCAAUCCUGCCCGAGAUCUUGGCCCACGACUUUUCUCACUGAUCAUGUACGGAACCGAAGCUAUCGCAGGUUCUGGGCACUUUUUCUGGAUUCCACUUGUUGCUCCUCUUGUUGGAGGCGUUAUUGGUUCCCUUUGCUACUUAUUUGUCAUUUCUGCUCACUGGCCGGAAGAAGAGGAAAAUGAAGAGGAGUACCAAAAAGUCAGCGAUGGACCAGUUGUAAACGAAGAAAACAUCAACGUAGAAAUGAUCCGCACUACUUCUGAAAUUCAACGACAAGAGUUCUACUAA